AUGCGUGCAACCGGAAAGAAUACUUUUCACACCUCAGCAUCAGGUAAUUCGUCGCCUACUGCUGUGAAUAGUCCACGUGGUGAGUCACCACGUGUGAUAGGUAUAUCCGAUGCGUCUGCAGCGGGUGCCGCGAAUCGUAAUCCAGAUGAGUCUGAAAUAGAGCUCAUCUACACUGGCGAGUCGGAUGAUGUAUCCGACUCGAAGGCAACACCCUCGUUUGCGUUUGCAAAACUUGAGAACGAACGUUCGACUCGUUCUCUUCGUGACGAGCUGGAUGCAGCUCGUCAGGACAUCGCUCUUCUGUGCGAGCAGGUCGCUUCGCUAGUCCACCAGACUGGCUCGUUGAAAUGGGACCACUCGAAGGUGGUCUCGGCCCUCGACCGCGGAGGUGUUAUUCGCAUCUUGAAACGGGCGCGUACUGAUAUUACGGGCGGUGACGUCCAACGUAAAACGCAGGAUGUGUACGCAUCUUACGGGCAGUUCAAUCGUGUAUGCGUUGCCCAUUCGGCGCAACACACAAAAUGGACCGAUGUACCUGGGCAGUUUUACUGCUGCCCAUGUUUGUCACUGCGUGUUUCGGUAAGUUUACUGUAG